AUGGAAAACGUCCCCCCCGUCAUCUCCAUCGCCCUCACCGCCCUUUGCCCGCAUUUUCUGCUGUUAUUUUCAGGCGGUGUCGCCUCGCGUCAACGUCGCGUUCCAACUUUCCAGGCGUCAGCAGCAGCUACAGCCUACACCAGGCACUCAUCCAGCCAGGCACUCGGCGCACAGCAAUCCAAUUCGAUGAGCAGCUUCAAAAGCUCUAAGGGCGCUUGUUAA